CCAAAAGUCCCAAAAGAAUCAAUCGGGUGAAAGUAAUCGGGUAUCGACUGAAGAAACAGUGCAAGUUCAGGAUGCCCCAGUAGUAGCGCAGGAAGAAAUUAAACUAACAGACGAGUUGCCGAAAGAUGAAAAGCAUCCUGUGAAUCCAUUGUGCCCGAUACACGAUAUGUAAAUCUCCUCCAAUAUGCAUCUUUGGGACUCGAAAAGGAAUGCGGUAGCUCCUUACGUUCCUGGAGAUUUGACGGAGGAGAAACAUCGCGACCUCGAUUAUGGUAUUCUUAACAAGUAUAGGUAUGAUCUCGGAGGAAUACGCGAGAAUUCUGCGCCCCUGCAGGGGUAUCCAGGCACCAGAGAAGAUUUUUAUAGAUCACCUCCUAAGGAAGCGGAGGACGUAAGGAAGUCUGCGGAUGAAUUUUACCAAAAGCAUAAGGAAAUGUUAACGGAGGAGUAUAAUGGCGAUUGGUGCUAUGGGUGCCGAAAGGAUAAGAGAGUGAAUUCGCCAAUAAUAGCUGCUAUAAGAAACUUCGAUUUGGCUAAAAAGUUGCACAAGGAGAAUUUGGAACAUCAGCCAUUACCAGAUACGGUUAGCGAUGCGUUCUAUAGGAAGCUCCAAAUGCAAAGGCAUAGAGAGCCUGGUCUCGCAUUAAAAGAAGGUAAUUACGCUUCCGGGGUUGCUUGGAAAGCCUACGCAGGUUAUGGCCCAACUCGAUGUACAAAGCUCAAGGUGUUUAGGCCUAAAACCAGUAUAUGUAACAAAAUUAAGGAUUCUGCCAACGAUAGACCGAGUAGUGUCAGCAGCUUUGAUAAAAAAUGGAGAUUUAUUAGGCAAUCGAAGGUAACACCAAUACAAUUAGCGGUGUGCUGGGAUCUAACUCCCGAAAAUCCCACAGAUGAACCUAAGCGAACACCGCACAUUGACGGAUCAAACGGUUCCAUGGCACCUGCAGUAUUUUCACUGGUGCAUACGCCUGAUGGCGGACGAGGUAUCGAUGAGGAGGAACAAGAACAAAUUUGCGAUGGAUUACAUAAUUACAGUAACAACGCACUGCCUUACAUGUACGACCCUCAGGCGUACAGAGCUAAAACUGCCAAAAGUAUUAGCAGUUCCAGUACGUCCAAAGCAAGCAAACGAAUCCAAAGCGCGGCACCGCACCCUCAAAAUCCCGAUCCAAUUUUCACCAGACUGCAUUCAAACUCCCCCGAGGUAACGUCAAAAAUUACCGCUUACAAAUUCUGCAGCAGAGACUGCUAUCAGCGCAGUAAAAAGACGCCGAAGAAGCGCUUAUGCGUGGCGUGCGAAAUGAGGAACGUAAACAUUAAGGACAGCAGGCCAAAAACAGAGUACAAAAUGGCGUUCAAAGCCGGCAUACCGCAAAAAGUAAGUACAGAUUAUAUGAACCUAUCAGACACCUUGCGAAUACCUAAGAUGAAAGAUCCAUAUAAAGAGAGGAAUUAUACGAUUAACAGUUUGGCCCCUCCUUUCUCUUUGCAGAACUUUAAGAGGCAAGAUUAUCCCGAACACUGGCGAUUAGCUACGAUUUAUCAACACUCUUAUAAACCUAUGCAAGCACGAAAGCGACCUCUACUUGCUACCGUGUUUAAGUAGGUAGUUGCUUACUAUAGCAUUUAUUGACAUUUUAUAUCCGUAUUAUUAAUUUUAUUCAUAGUAGUAGGUAAGUAAAAUGGUAGGCUAGAGUUCUGGAAAAGGUGUACUGUAUACUAAUUGCUCAGAUACUGUUUACCACGGUUGUUUGAUAUACGAUAGUUGAGCAUCUUUACACAGUAUAAGGCUAUGUAAGCUCGUCUUAUCAAUGUUACAUGCACUGAUAAAUGAAAUAAAAGAAUGUUCAUCAAUCAUUUCAUUUACUUUGCUGCAUCAAUUUUGGAAAAAAAAUGACAUCAAAAUGCAUAAUCUGAAAUAUUAAAACAAAAAGAUUCAGCUUGUAACAGUUAGUUACAAAAUUCACACUGACGAUGCCUGCUCAAACCAAUUUUCAAAACUGUUGAACUUCAUGCCGAUGGCUAGCUCAGUGAUUAU